ACAUAUUAAAUAAGAUUAAAUUUUAUACUAUAUUUUACUAGAUAUUAUUACAUUACAUUUAUAUAUAAAUAAGUGUGGUAUAGAAAUAAGUAUAUGCAUAAGAUUCAAUUUCUAAUCGCAAUAAAAUGUGUCAUAAUUUUUUAUGUGUACUUAAUCAACUUGUUACGAUCUAAUUAUUUAUUUUAUUGCUCUACUUUUAUCGAAGGAGAACAUAGAGAAUAAAGGCCUCAUUAGACAAUCUAUAAUUUGUGACAAAACUAAAAAAAAAACUUUUACUUAUAAUUUUAUGUAUUAUAUAUAAGUGUAUCCUUGUGAUAUAUAUUUUGAUUUGUAUUUGUAUUUUACUUUUUGCAUUAUAUACGACAUAUAUAAUUUAUAAAUAAUAUUUUGUCUUGAAUUUGUUGCAAAUUAUAGAUUGUCUAAAAAGACCUUAAUAAAUUUCUUAAAUUCAAAAGUAUAAUCAAUAUAUUUUUUAUUUAUAUUUCUGAAUGAUAAUUAAUUGCUUAUUAAUUAUCAUUUAUAUAUAGAAUUACAUGGAUCAAUGAAUUAGGGUUGAUGAUAAAGAUGAUGUCCACUAUAGAUAAAGAUGAAAUUUACCAUUGUAAAACACAACUUAAACAAAACAGAUUGUGUUAUACAUGGAAUAUUUCCGAUAUUUGGGAAAUUUAUAAAUUUGGUAUUAAAUUAUGCUCUCUUAAAACCAUAAACCACUUUACAUUUGAAAUGCAUCCUGCAGAAGAUAAGUUAAAUUUUUAUUGUAUACCGCCGCUUUCAUGCAGUAGUUAUAAUAUCUCCUUUUCUGUUUUUCUGAAAACUAAUACAGGAGAAAUGACUAAUGUAUUAAAACUGACAUAUAUAAAUUUGAUAUAUGAUAGCAAAAUAUACAGUAAAUAUAAAAAUACUCUAUUCUAUAAGCUACCUAUUUCACUUCUUUCUGAUAAACAUAUGUUUUUAUCUAACAACACACUUACAAUAUGCUUUAAAUUAUAUAUAUUCAUAAAUACGUACAGCAAUAGUGUGUACUAUUCAUAUGAGAGAUCUGCUAUGACAGAUACAGAUAUUUUUGUUCCUAAAGAGAAAUCCGAUUCGUUUGUUUCGUUUAUAAUAAACAAUGAACGUCUUGAAGCAAAUAAGAAAUCAUUAUGUUUAAAAAGUAAGGUUUUUGAAGCUAUGUUUAACUGUGGUUUAAAAGAAAGUGAAAAUAAAGAAGUAGUAAUAACUGAUAUAAGAUAUGAUAUUCUAAAGGAAUUAUUAUUUUUUGUACAAAUUGGUUAUCUAUCUAAAACACUGGAAGAGAUAGAAGAGAUAAAUACAAUACGUGAACUUUUUGUAGCAGCUGAUAAGUAUGAUAUACAAGAUCUUAAAUUAAUAUGUGAACAAUAUUUAAUUAUAAAUACGACAGAAAAAAACGUUGUAGAACAUUUAAAGAUUGCACAUUUAAAUAAUGGAAAAACGUUGGAGGAAUAUACCAAAGAUUUUAUCCAAUUAUAUUCAAAAGAUAUUGUGGAUACCUCAGAAUUAACUUUAAUGAAAAUGUAUCCUGAGCUACUAACUCAGACUGAAGAUAUCGAACAGAUCGUGCAAAAUGUUGAAGUAUCUGCAAAAUCAGUAUAAUUUAAAACAUCAUGUAUAUGGAACUUCUA